CCGGUGAUUCUCUCUCUCUUAAAUCCUAGAUAAACCCCAGUGGAGCGGACUCGUGGAACUGCAACUGAAAGGAAACGGUCGUAAUCCGCGAACAUGUCCACCACUGAAGAUAAAAUAAAAAAUGUGGAGGUGAAAGAUUAUGACUAUUGUGGACACACGAUGAAGAUUAGUCUGUUUAAAGAAUCAUCCUUAGGCGUCUCUGCUUACGUAUGGGGACCAGGUCUCGCUCUGUGUCAGUUCUUUCAGGAAGAGAAUGUUGAUUUUACCGGGAAGAGGCUGCUGGAACUUGGGUCGGGAAGCGGUAUCGUGGGGAUUUUAGCCACGUUGCUGGGCGGGGAUGUCACUCUGACGGACAAACCGUACGUUAUGAAGCAACUCGAAUACAAUGUCUCUGCCAACAUUCCUCCCGAUGCCAAACACCGGAUCAAAAUCAGCCCUUUGCUUUGGGGGACUGAUCAGAAAAAUUACCCAAACGAUUUCGAUUUCAUCCUGGGCUCAGAUCUCGUGUACUGCCCAGUGCAAUUUCCCUGCCUCUUCCAGACACUGAGAGACCUCUGCGGCCCCAACACGGUCAUUUACUUGUCUACUGAUAUGAAGUACAGAGAGGGGUCGGUCGACUUCCACGAGACCCUGUUGCCAGAGCAGUUUAACAGCGAGGUCGUCAAUACAAGCAGAAGUAAUUGCAUUUACAAAGUGACCAAAAAGCACUGAGCACCAGUUUCUGACGUAAAGUCAGGAAGCACACACACAAAGUUCACUAUUUUGCUUCAAAGCAACUUUCCGCUCCGUCCUAUUCCCCUUCGUUGAUCAGGUUUUCCCAAAUAAUUUAUGAUUCUUAUUGUUAUAAUCUAUUAAUAUAUUUAAACAACUCGUUUUUAAUAAGAGGAUGGGAAUACAAUUAGAACAAUCCACAAAGAGUCGCGUUCCGAGUAACCACUAACACAUCAUUUCACCAGAGCCAUGUAAUUCUCAGAUGCUACCGCCACUGUGUUACCGCAAUAGUAUAAGAUGCCAAAGUAGAUAUCAUUCUAAGGUAGACACAACAUGCUGGAGUAACUCAGCGGGACAGGCAUUAUCUCUGGAGAGAAGGAAUGGGUGACGUUUCGGGUCGAGACCCUUCUUCCUUGUGUCUACCUUCGAUUUAAACCAGCAUCUGCAGAUCUUUCCUGCAUGUAGAUAUCAUUUUGUUCCAUAUCAAUCCCGAACUGACACCAGGACUGUGAGAAAGUGUAUCGUACCAACUAACGUAAGGUGUACAUUAUGUAUGCUAUUAUUAAUGUAUUCUACUAUUCUCACUAAACGGCGCGUGGGUGGAUUUCCAUCAUGGUUAAUAUCGGAAAGGUAUCUUUAAUUAUCGAGUAAUGUAUUUAAUUCUGGAACGUUAUGACCCCCGCGGAUUUAAACCUUCAAGACAGUAUGUUCGUUUCAUUUACACAUAGAUACAUAGUUACAUAGAAAAUAGGUGCAGGAGUAGGCCAUUCGGCCCUUCGAGCCUGCACCGCCAUUCAAUAUGAUCAUGGCUGAUCAUGCAACUCAGUAUCCCGUACCUGCCUUCUCUCCAUAUCCCCUGAUCCCUUUAGCCACAAGGGCCACAUCUAACUCCCUCUUAAAUAUAGCCAAUGAACUGGCCUCAACUACCUUCUGUGGCAGAGAGUUCCAGAGAUUUACCACUCUCUGUGUGAAUAGUCGUUUGAACGUCCUUAGUGGAAAGUGGAAUUAAUAAAACCAAUCAGGCUAGAAAUUGACCUGGUUAAGUGGCUGGCGAUGCAUUAAACUCACGGGAGUUUGCAGUUUCUGGACACUCGGCCAGUGUCCUUUCACCCACUGCCUCUGCCGAAACUCGCUGAAGUGAAAGCAACAGAUCUAGUUCUGCAAAGGCGAUACACUCUGAUUAUGUUUCUUUCUAAAGAGCAGCAUGGGAUGUUUACAUUUGUCCAAGGGAUAACUAUCCUGAGGGGGCGGGGGGUCAUUUUGAUCGAAGGAAAUCGUAUAACUGGGAUGGAAGUGAACUGGUUGGCCUCAGAUUAUGGCUACAACACCAUAUAAUUCAGUUAUAGCCCACACGGGACAAUCCGAACAAAAUGGACCUGGAAGCGCGGAAUAAAUCAUUAUUACUUUGCAUUUCUUUUUCCAAAAGAUACGCGGUUUCGUAUAAACCAUUGCCCGUAAAAUGUGAACUAUAUGAAUCCAAUAAAUUGUCACAAUAUACAAAUUGAUGUAAAGAGUUCAUCGUUUAUUUU